AUGCGCCGCUUCGCCCGUGUUCCCAAGCUCCUGCCGCGCCCAAUGCCGCGUAGCCAGGCCAGGCCCGCCAUUGCUGGAUGCCCGCCGCCCCGCGCUUCUCCGCAUCUUCUGCGCAUGCUGAGCACUUCUCCAUCCACCAACAUCCACAAUCGCGACGUCCAUAACGCUGCUGCCUUCGCAGAGGCUGAGCAGCCCGCAGCCAACGACGAACGCGUCCUCUUCCAGACCCCCGACCAGGUCCUCUCCCUCGGCCAAGGUUACCUCUACUAUGCUGGUCCCGCCCCCGCGACCGACGUCGAGGCAGGCGUCCUCAACCGCGUCGAGGGUGUUCUGUCCCUCGCACGCCUGCGCGACGCCUGCCCCUGCCCGAGUUGCAUCCACCCCUCGACCCGGCAGAAGACCCACACGUCCGGCGAGGCAGCGCGUGAGGUCGCCAACCUCUCCGAGGUCCAGGCUCGGAUGGGUGAGGCCGACGGCGUUCCGGGUCUGUUUGUGCAAUGGGCCGAGCACGAGGGAUUCUAUCCCCUCGGCCUGAUCCAGCGUCUCCUCGCCGGCCGUGUUCGUGGAACCUCGUACAUUGAGAACACGCUGCAGCGCAAGCUCUGGGACAGGGAGACGUUCCUGCGCGACGCAAAGAACUUUUACACCGAGUACAGCGACUUGCAUGCUGGCAAGCGGGGCGAGAAGAUGGACGCCCGCCCCGAAGCACUCCUCCGACUCCUUGAGCAGCUCCAGGUCUACGGCCUCGCCGUCGUGCGUGGCCUGCCCACUAACAAGACUGGAAACCAGGAGUGCGCGCUCCGCGACCUGGCUGAGAGCGUGGGCCUGCUCCGGAACACGUUCUAUGGCGAGACGUGGGACGUGCGCAACGUCGCAAACUCGAAGAACGUCGCGUACACCAACCUCAACCUCGGCCUGCACGUGGAUCUUCUCUACUUUGCACUCCCGCCUCGUUUCCAGAUGCUGCACUCGCUGCGUAACCGCGUCGUCGGUGGCGAGUCGUAUUUCGUCGACUCGUUUGCGGCUGCUCAGCAGCUCAAAUCCACACGGCCAGAACUGUACGCUUCGCUGCAACGCAACAUGAUCGAGUACGAGUACGACAAUGACGGGCACUACCUCUCGUACCAGCACCCCGUCUUGCCAGAGGGCGACCUGGCCGAGCCGGGCUUGCACUCGGCGAUCAACUGGUCGCCGCCCUUCCAGGCGCCGGCUGUCCAGCGUCCCGUCGAUGUGAACGGACAAGCAACGCUCGAGGCAGAGGACGAGUUCUACGAGGCGUGCGACGCGUUCCAGGCCAACCUCGACGACCCCAAGUUCCGGCACGAGUUCCUUCUCAAAGAGGGCGAGUGUGUGCUGUUCGACAACCAGAGGGUACUGCAUGCGCGAACGGCGUUCCGCGACAAGACCGACGAGGAGAUUAUGCGCGACGGUACAAUCUGCGUGCCGGGUGAGAGCACGCGGUGGCUCAAGGGAUGUUACCUCGACGGAUCGACAGUGUGGGACAAGCUUGCUGUGCUCAAUGAGCAGGUGCGGGGGAAGAAGAGCAUCUAG